GUAACACCAUGAAGCAGAGGUUUUCUUCUUUAGAUGUCAAGGUCAUUGCACAUGAACUGUCAAAUAGCCUGGUCACUCUACGAGUGUCCAACAUCUAUGACCUCUCCUCCAAAAUCUUCCUCGUGAAAUUCGCCAAGCCGGACCACAAACAACAAAUCAUUAUAGACUCCGGCUUUCGAUGUCAUCUCACGGAAUUUGCUCGAGCUACUGCGACAGAGCCCUCGCCCUUUGUUGCACGGUUGAGGAAGUUCUUGAAGACGAGGAGAGUCACUUCGGUUUCGCAGGUCGGCACAGAUCGAAUCAUUGAAUUCCAGUUCAGUGAUGGGCAAUACAAACUGUUUUUGGAGUUCUAUGCUGGGGGCAAUAUAAUUCUUACGGAUCGGGAACUGAAUAUCUUGGCCUUGCUGCGGAUCGUCACGGAAAAGGACGAGGGGCAAGAGGAAUUACGAGUUGGGUUAAAAUACUCCCUGGAAAACCGGCAAAAUUAUAAUGGAAUCCCACCCUUAACGAAAGAGCGUUUACAAAAUGCGUUACAGAAGGCUGCAGAGAGGGGAGAGGAUGGACUGGUGGCGGGAAAGAAACCAAAAAAGAAGGCCCAGGAUGCAUUGAGGAAAGCUUUGGCUGUGUCAAUCACGGAGUUUCCACCAAUGCUGGUAGAUCAUGCGAUGAGAAUUACUGAAUUUGAUUCGUCAUUGAAGCCGUCCGAAGUCCUCCAGAAUGAUUCUCUUCUAGAACAUUUGAUGCGAUCACUGCAAGAAGCGCAGAGAGUCAUCCAGGAUAUCACUAGUUCUGAAGUUGCCAAAGGAUACAUUAUUGCCAAGAAAAAAGAUGGUUCACAAGCGCAAGAGGAGAUAUCUCGAAAGGGGCUGAUUUAUGAUGACUUCCAUCCUUUCCGACCUCGACAAUUUGAAGACGAUCCUACCUCUGUCUUCCUAGAGUACAGUGGAUUUAACAAGACCGUUGAUGAAUUCUUCUCCUCAAUCGAAGGCCAGAAACUUGAAGCCCGACUCCAGGAGAGGGAGCUUGCAGCGAAACGGAAGAUUGAAGCUGCCCGGAAGGAUCAGGAGAAGAGACUAGGCGGGUUACAGGAGGUGCAGGAGCUUAAUGUGCGAAAGGCUGGUGCUAUUGAGGCCAAUGUUGAGAGGGUACAAGAAGCUAUGGAUGCCGUCAAUGGUCUCAUUGCGCAAGGGAUGGAUUGGGUUGAGAUUGGGAAGCUUAUUGAGCUGGAACAAAAACGAAACAACCCAGUCGCAUCAAUUAUCAAGUUGCCUCUAAAGCUUCAUGAAAACACCGUCACUCUUUUACUGGACGAGGAGGAAUUUAUUGAGGAUGAGGACUCGGCUUACGCGACGGACAGCGACGUCUCUGACAGCGAGGAUGAAGAACCAAAAAAUAAAGAGCCAAAGCAGAAGAUGCCAGACAAGAGACUGGCCAUUGAUAUCAAUUUGGCACUCUCACCAUGGAGUAAUGCCAGAGAAUAUUAUGACCAGAAAAAGUCUGCCGCUAUCAAAGAGAAGAAGACUUUGGAGUCAUCAACCAAAGCAUUGAAGAGCCAGGAGGCAAAGAUCGCCCAGGAUCUUAAGAGGGGCUUGAAGCAGGAAAAGGCGGUUUUACGGCCUGUGCGAAAACAGUUUUGGUUCGAAAAGUUUAUAUGGUUCAUCUCCUCCGAUGGCUACCUUGUCCUUGGCGGAAAGGAUGCUCAACAGAAUGAAAUUCUGUACAAGAAAUACUUGAAGAAGGGAGAUGUGUACCUGCAUGGUGAUUUCCCCGGUGCAUCGAUAGUCGUCAUUCGGAACAAUCCAAAAACGCCAGACGCGCCCAUCCCUCCUUCGACGUUGUCGCAAGCAGGAACUUUGGUGGUUGCAUGUUCGAGUGCAUGGGACUCAAAAGCUGGCAUGUCUGCCUGGUGGGUCAACGCAGACCAAGUCUCAAAAUCUACCCCAAGCGGAGAGUUCCUGCCAACUGGUAGCUUUAUGGUUCAAGGAAAGAAGAACUUCUUACCCCCAGCGCAGCUGAUACUCGGAUUCGGCGCGGUGUUUCUGAUCAGCGAAGCCAGCAAGGCCAAUCAUGUCAAGCAUAGACAGUAUAAUGACGAUGCGAGUAAUGGCCCCCGAUCUGAUGCAGUUCCUUCUGGUGGCUCAAUUGCUGCCGCAGAAGAAGUGCAUGAAGAGGACGAUGAUAAGGACAGCGUAGAGGAUGACGUUGAUCAAUCCGAUGCUGAGGAGGAAGAGAAAGAUCAAGUCCAUCCCAAUCCGCUCCAGAGCCAGGAUCAUACUGAACCGCAGAUAUCAAAUGAUGAUGAUCAAGUUCCUUCACAAGAGAUUAAAGAUCUCAAAAUCAGCGAGGAAAAGCAAACCGAGAUCUCAGAGGCCAAUGAUCACGAUUCAGAAUCUGAAGAUGAUCAGACCUCGGAACAACCUACUACGGGAACUCAAACACCCUCCCAGCAGCCCAAUAAAGGACCUGCACCAUCAAAGCGUGGUAAAAGGGGUAAAGCCAAAAAGAUCGCCGCCAAAUACAAAUAUCAAGACGAAGAAGACCGUAUCGCUGCCCAAAAGCUUAUCGGUGCCGCCGCCGGGCAAGAGAAGGCGGAGGCAGAAGCUAAAGCUAAAGCAGCGCGUGAAGCUGAACUUGCACUCCAGAAAGAGCGACGGAGGGCUCAGCAUCAACGCACGCAGAAGGAGACAGCUGAAUAUGAAAAGGCCCGGAAGAUGAUGUUGGAGCAAGGAGUGGAUAUGUUAGAUGACGACCAAGAAGAGAAAAUGACGAAUCUGGAUGUGCUCGUCGGGACGGCGCUUCCGGGUGACGAGAUCCUCGAAGCGGUGCCGAUGUGUGCGCCAUGGGCUGCAAUGGCAAAGUGUAAAUACAAGGUGAAACUCCAACCCGGUCCUGUCAAGAAGGGGAAGGCAGUCAGGGAGAUCCUGACUCGAUGGGUUGGGGAUGUAAGCCAGAAGGGGAAGAUGGACGAGGAGAGUAGGGACGUGGAAAGGAUGUGGCCGCGCGAAGCUGAGCUCUUGCGGGGCUGGAAGCCGGAGGAGGUUACGAACACCAUACCUGUGGGGAAGGUAAGGAUCAUGGUGAGUGGAGGCGCGGCUGCGAUGACGGGAAAAGGAGAGAAGGGAAAGAGUGGCGGGGGCAGAGGUGGGAAGGGAAGUAAGAGGAGAUGAUGAACGUUGUAUGAAUAUUUGCUUAGAUGAAUGCCAGGUGUUUCUCCUCGUCUAAUUCUC